AUGGCUAGCAUUGCUAAAACAUUUGUUAUUCCUCCUCAACCUUCCACUGAGAGAAACUUCACUUCAAGACUUUCCUAUGAUAAUACUACGAAUAGUAUAGCUUACGCUAGUGGUAAAUCGGCGUUUAUUCGUAGUCUUGACGAUGAACCCUCUGAAAAGGUUCCAAGAGUUAUCCAAUUUACCGGACAUGGUGGUGCUAAUGUAACUGUAGCCAGAUUUUCACCUAUUCCACAAUCUCAAUAUGUGGUCUCCGGUGACGAUCAAGGUAAAGUUAUCGUUUGGGGAUGGUCUUUAAACAAUGAAAGCAAUUCUGUCGAAAUAAAUGUGAAGGCUGAAUUCCAUGUCCUUGCCGGAAAAGUUACUGAUAUUUCAUGGGAUUUCGAAGGUCGUAGAUUAUGUGUUGUUGGUGAAGGUAAGGAUAGAUUCGGCGCAUUCAUCUCGUGGGAUUCUGGUAAUUCUUUAGGUGAAAUAUCUGGUCAUUCUCAACGUAUCAAUGCUUGUCACAUGAAACAAUCUAGACCAAUGAGAGCUAUGACUGUUGGUGAUGAUGGCGCGGUUGUGUUUUAUCAAGGUCCUCCUUUCAAGUUCGCAUCAAGUGAUAGAACACAUCAUGAACAAGGGAAAUUUAUUAGGGAUGUUCAAUUUAGUCCAGGUUCUGGUAAUUUUGUUAUAACGGUUGGCUCCGAUAGAAAAAUAGCUUGUUUUGAUGGGAAGACUGGUGAAUUCUUAAAAUACAUUGCAGAUGAAAAAUCACCAAUUAAUGGUGGUAUCCAUGCAUUGUCAUGGUUGAAUGAAUCUAAAUUUGCCAUUGCAUGUGCUGAUGCCACUGUGAAAGUUUUCGAUGUAGAAAGUAAUGAAUGUCAACAAACUUGGGGAAUUCAAGAUUCUAGUUUGAAUGAUUCUCAAGUCGGAUUAGUAGCUACUGGUGAAGAUACAUUACUUUCUUUAUCUCUUGAUGGUUCUUUAAAUUUUUUUAAACUGGGUGAAGAUAAAAUGAUAAAAUCAGUUAAGGGUCAUAACAAAGGUAUCACUGCAAUGACUGUGAACCCAUUAAUUUCAGGCUCAUUCGAUGGUAAAAUUAUGGAUUGGGAAGCUCAACCUCCAAAAUUAUACAAAGAACACACUAAUUUAAUUUCCACCAUUGACUCUAGUGCAUACCCAAAGAUUGCAUCCGUUUCCUGGGAUGAUAGUCUCAAAAUUAAUGGUGAGACAAAGCAUGAGUUUGAAAGUCAACCUAAGUUUUCUCAAACCAACUCUGCUGGUAUCACAUCUGUAAUUACAAACAAUGAUAUUUUACAGAUUAUAAAUACAUCGGAAGCUACAAUCAUUGGUGAAUUAAAAUUGGAGGAACCUGCAUCCGCUGUCGGUAUAUCUGAAUCCCUAGUUUCCAUUUGUUAUGAAAAUUCCAAAAUAAUAGAAGUCUUUAAGAUUAUAGAUCUAUCUGUAAGUUAUACAUUAAAGACUCCGUUACGUGCAAAUGCAACCUCUAUAGCUAUUUCUCCUAAAGAGAAAUAUUUAGCUACGGGUGAUCUAUCUGGUAAGAUUAUUCUCUUCGACUUAGAAACUAAGGAUGUUAAGACAUCUAGAUGGGCCUUCCAUACAAGUAAGAUUAACAGCAUGAACUGGAGACCAGCUGUAGAUGAUGAAGAUGAAGGUUAUCUAGCUACAGGUUCUUUAGAUACAAAUAUUUGCAUCUAUUCUGUCGCUAGACCAAUGAGGGUCAUCAAGUUCAUGAAUGCACACAAGGACGGUGUCAAUGUUGUUGCAUGGGAGAACUCAGAUACUCUAAGAACUGCUGGUUCUGACGGUUGUUUAACUACAUGGAAGGUAAAGUUUGAGUAA